CUAGGGUUUCUCAGGAACACAGCAGUUGCCCGACGGCUCCAAAACUAUUCAUUUUCUUUCGCGUCGUUGCUCUGAGCUCGGAGGAAAGAAAUCAUGUCCCAUCGCAAGUUUGAGCAUCCAAGACAUGGCUCUUUGGGAUUCCUUCCUAGGAAGAGAGCCUCACGCCAGAGAGGAAAAGUGAAGGCAUUCCCUAAAGAUGAUCAAACUAAGCCAUGUAGGUUGACUGCUUUUGUUGGAUAUAAAGCUGGUAUGACUCAUAUUGUUCGAGAGGUUGAGAAGCCAGGAUCAAAGCUGCACAAGAAGGAGACAUGUGAAGCUGUGACAGUAAUUGAAACUCCUCCAAUUGUUGUUGUUGGAGUUGUUGGCUAUGUCAAGACACCACGUGGGCUUCGCUGUCUGAAUACAGUCUGGGCACAACAUCUCAGCGAGGAAGUGAGAAGGCGAUUCUAUAAGAACUGGUGCAAGUCCAAGAAGAAAGCUUUUUCUAAGUACUCAAAGAAGCUUGAAACUGAAGAAGGGAAAAAGGAAAUUCAAUCUGAGUUGGAGAAGAUGAAGAAGUACUGCAGUGUCAUUAGGGUCUUGGUCCACACUCAGAUAAGGAAAAUGAAAGGUCUUAAGCAGAAGAAGGCACACUUGAUGGAGAUUCAAGUCAAUGGUGGAACAGUAGCUCAGAAGGUUGAUUAUGCAUAUGGGUUCUUUGAAAAGCAGGUUCCUGUGGAUGCUGUUUUCCAAAAAGAUGAGAUGAUUGACAUUAUUGGGGUGACCAAAGGUAAGGGGUAUGAGGGUGUGGUUACUCGUUGGGGUGUAACCCGUCUACCUCGGAAGACCCACCGUGGGCUCCGUAAGGUUGCUUGUAUUGGGGCAUGGCAUCCUGCUAGGGUGUCAUUCACAGUUGCCCGUGCUGGUCAAAAUGGUUACCAUCACCGCACAGAGCUGAAUAAGAAAGUCUAUAAGCUAGGGAAGGCUGGUCAGGAGUCCCACUUUGCCAUAACUGAGUUUGAUAGGACCGAGAAGGAUAUUACCCCAAUUGGAGGGUUCCCUCACUAUGGCAUUGUGAAAGAUGACUUCAUCAUGAUAAAGGGUUGCUGUGUGGGUCCAAAGAAGCGCAUUGUCACCUUGAGACAGUCCUUACUGAACCAAACCUCCAGGGUUGCGAUGGAGGAGAUCAAGCUCAAGUUCAUUGACACAUCCUCCAAAUUUGGCCAUGGCCGCUUCCAAACUACCCAGGAGAAAGCCAAGUUCUAUGGACGACUUAAAGCUUAACCAUUUUGUUUCUGAGAAACUUGUUCUUCAUGUAUCUUCCUUCCCGGAUGCUUAUGCAAAUUUUGAGAUAUGUACUGGCAACUGUUUCAGUUUUGAAUUUUAGUUGAUUUUGGCAAUGAUUAAUAAAUUGGUUGAAAACGAUAUUUCGUUAGGAA